CCUCAAAGUGUAACAAAGCCACAGCAGCUUUAGCAAAUUUUCAUCUCACAGAAAACUACGAAAACCAAACCACAUCAAAAUGUACAAGUUCUUGGCUCUCCCACUUUUCUUCGCCGCCGUCUCGGCCGGAUACCUCGGAGCUCCAUUGGCCUACAGCGCCCCAGCUUACGCUCAUGGCCCAGCUUAUGGCGCGGCGUACGCUCAUGGCCCAGCUUAUGGCGCGGCUUACGCCCAUGCCCCACUGGCCGCUGCCUAUCACGCCCCACUGGCCUACCACACUCCGGUAGUGAAGUCCUAUGCUGCCCCAGUUGCCUACGCCCAUGCCCCAGUCGUUAAGGCCGUCGCCCCAGUUGCCACCUCGUACGCCAACACCUACAAGGUCUCCGUCAAGGCUCCAGUCGCCUAUGCUCCAGCCUACCAUGCCCCAGCUUAUGUUGCCCACGCUCCAGCCGUCGUUGCUGCUCCAGCUUACCACGCUCCUCUGGCUUAUGGCCACGGAUACCUGCACUAAGUAGGACACCGUCAUCACAAGCACCUGCCCCUAUACUCGCUCCCUCCGUCCGGUCAGACAUUUGUCGGACAGAGGGAGACCAACACCACCAUCACCACCUCUCUUUUCAUCACAUGCAACAUCCUGCUGGCGAGCGCAGAGCACAGCGAAAGAUAACAAUUCUGCAAUAGCUUUCGGAACACCCGGACCACUGCCAAGCCAUUGCGAAAUGGUUUUGUGAUUAGGAAAAAUCAACCUGCCUCCAACUACUUCUCCGUCCACUUUUUUCAAGUCAUCAUCGAAUAGCAGUGUGUGUAUGUGUGCGGGAACAAAAUGAGUCUAAUUGUGUACAUAUGAUGUAUAGUUUUUUUGUAUUUAUUUGUGAAGAAAAGCAACACAAAAACGAUGAAAAAAAUAAAAAUAAAAUCAAUUCAAUUUUUCAUCUCAAUGAAAAAUUGAAUUCAUUUUGCUGUUAAA